AAUAUCAGUAUAACACCAGAAAUUGGGGAUUUAUUUCAAUUAGGGUUUCUAGUUUUCUAGGGUUUCAUUUGAUUUGACUGAUUUUAGUUGAGAUAUUUGGCAAUGGGGUCUGAAUCUCAGUCUGAGGAAGCGAAGCUUUUCGUGGGAGGGAUUAGUCGGGAUACUACUGAUGAAAAUCUCGGAGAUCACUUCUGCAAGUACGGUAUUGUUCUUAAUGUUCUUGUUGCCAAGGAUCGGAUCACCGGAUCCCCGAGAGGAUUCGGCUUUGUUCGGUUCGCUGAUUUCUCUUCCGUCGAUAAGGCACUGCAAGACCCACAUGUUAUACUGGGAAGAACGGUAGAGGUGAAGAAAGCAAUACCCAGACGUGAUCAACUUGACAGCCAGCAACAACAGCUACAAAAACACCAUCAAUGUCAACAACAGCAUAAGGGUUUAUAUAAGAAUAGCAGACUUGGUAUUAGUGAAAAUAAUUAUGGGACCAAAAAGGUAUUUGUAGGGGGCUUAGCGGCUAGUUUAACUGAGGAACAGUUCAGGAGCUAUUUUGAGAGGUUUGGUAGGAUAAUGGAUGUAGUUGUGAUGCAUGACAACUUAACCAAUCGACCUAGGGGCUUUGGAUUUGUUACUUUUGAUUCAGAGGAGUCUGUGGAGAAUCUUAUGCAGCAGAGCUUCCAUGAGUUGAAUGGUAAGGUUGUGGAGGUCAAGAGGGCUGUGCCUAGAGUAUAUGUUAAUAAUUUUGAUAAUGGUUAUAAUCGGAAAGUUGGUGGUGGGAGAGGUUAUUCUUACACUAGUUUUGAACCAGGCAGUUACCUUUCCUAUAGUCAUGGAUUUGGAACAUACCCUGAGUAUGCUCCUUUGCCAGGAUAUGGUGGUGUUGGACGGUAUCCCUAUGGAACGGACAUAUAUGCAGGCAUGUACCCUACAGUAGGAUACAACAGAGUUUACUAUGGGGUUACUCUAAGCCCAUGGAAUGGCCCUAUAGUGAUUGAUUCGAGGACAUACCAAUUUCCUUAUAGCAAUGCUUGUAUAUAUCCUGUCAACAUGAAUGGUGGGGUUGGCAGUAUGUGUACGUUGUCUGGUGGUUUCAAUGGGAUUGUUCGGCCAAGUGUGAAUGGGAGAACGAAUCAGGUUCUUGGAAGCAUUGGACGUCUGCCAGCUGAUGUGACACCCCUUAACGAUGCGGAAAAUGAGCAUACCGAUUCUUCAGGUAUUAAUGGAAAUAACAGUACCGUUUCUGCAUAACAGUAUUGUAGAUGCUCUGGUGGAUAAAUAAAGCUCUUACCUGAUAGGCAAUUUCUCUUAAUCAGUAGCACAAUUCUUUGUGGGAAUUUAGGGUCAGUGAAUUCUUUAACCGCCUACGCCAAGACUGCUAUGCCAUCUCAUUCGGAUGUCCUUUUUAGAUGUAAUUCCUGUAUCAUAAAUCUGUUGGUUCUUGCCGUAUGUAUUAUAUGCGUCGAUAACGUUUCAGUACAGAUGUCAGACUUUGUAAUAUAUGCUCUCUUUCAGAUUUAAGUUUGCGCCUGUUAAAGAAGUGUUAUUGUUGUGUACUGAAUAGAAACUAUUCAUGACCCAGUGCUGUCAAGGCGUUUGCCUAGGUGCAAAGGUAAGGCAUCAAAUGGGCUUGGAGUCUUUAUGGGCCUAUUUUAGA